AUGGCCGUCACCAGCACCAGCACCAACACCACCAGCACCAACCCCUCUCAACAUCCCACCGAACCGCACGAAACCCACCACCAUCACCACCACCAACAACACCACCUAGACCCCUCAAACCACACCGACAACUACCCGCACCAGAUCACCGGCUCCGGCGGCCCGACCGCCACCGCCCCGUUCCUGCGCGACUUCAGCCUCGUCGCGGAGGCAGCCAAGCGGGCGCAGAUGUCCGUCAUGGUGCGCGAUCUGGAGGGUGUGACGCUAUAG